AGACGAUCAGGUUUAUAAAGCCCAAUUCUUAUCACUCAGGAGGACGCACACAUAUAUAGCCAAACCGGUCAUAAUAAUAUUAACAUUGUGGCUGACUCAUAUAGCCCAGGCUGCCCAUCGUCCAAACGCUCCGCGGCCCAGCCGAAGACCUCCAUGGGUUGGCUUAUCGCGAUGCUGCACCUCACGCGCGUCAAUUGCUGUGAAUAUGAGGGCUGUACGACAGCAGAGAAGCCAUGGGAUGGGGUUAGUCUUCCUCAAACUUUACACACGAAACAAGCUUCAUGUGCGUAAAGGCUUUUAUAUUAUUAUAAGGCUUAUAAAAGCCUUUAUGCAAUGAUUAUCUCGGCGAUCUGGCCUUUUCGUCUCCCUUGCCCUCAUUCACGGUCGAUGGUGUCACGGUAUGAGUUUAUAAAAGGAUGUAUCUCCCGUCGUGCAUUAGCCCGUGUUCUCUCUACCUUUCUCUGCAUACUUUUUGUGACCAUUCAUCCAUUUUCCCAGCUGGGGGGGUCAUUGGCUUUCCUCGUGCUGAGCUUAAAAGAGCUCGUAUUCUCCGUCCAGGAGGAUUUGGCACAGCAGCUUGAAAUCACGGUUCUAAAUAUCACAGGUGCCUUGACUGGUAUUGGUAUAUCGACUUUCGCCAAAUAUCUUGCAACCCUUCCACGCCAGGGAUCGGUGACAUCGCGUCUCAUACCAGCUGUAUUCCUUGUGGCAAUCGGUUUUUUUGCUGGUUGGGCGAAAAGCCGUCUUCCUCGUCUCCAUCUGUCUGCGCGGAUAUCGUGCUUCAUAUCUGUAUUCCUGUUGACCGAAAAUAUCGGUAUACGCUCUGCUGUCCUCACGGACUCCGGCGGUUUUUUAUGGAUGACAUUGACAGCUGCGACUGUCUGCUUAUUUUCUAGCGUGCUGACCUUACAUUGGUCCUCGACUCACCUUAUUGAAGAAGUCGCGUCGACAUUGAGAAUUCUCCGCCAAUGCUUAUCCGUGUCCAUGGAUCAUCCAUUCACGUGUCCUUCCUCCCAGCAAAUCGCUGACCUGAAGGAUUUGCAUGUACAGCUGGUUCACCGGUCUGUGAUACUGAAUGAGAUGUACUAUCGGGCGGCCUUUGAGCUCCGUAUUGGGCGUGUUGGGGUCAAGUCCCUUAAGCCUCUGCUGGGCAUCAUUGAACACUUACGCCGCGAGUUAUCCUGGGGGAUGAUUCCUCGGCCAGUUCAAACCGACUGGUCCAGCAAAUCGCAACCUGCUUCAUCUCCUUCUUUCGAGGCUUCAUCAAUAGAGCUUGGUAAAAUUAUUAUGUCUUCAUUCAAAGCAGUCGAAGAUCUGGUGAUCGGCGUGUACACGCAUGCCUCCCUACGGCGAAAGUCAUUGCGUGCGGAGAGAGAUGCAGUUACCGCGGCUGCCAUUAAUCUCAAUCUCGCUUGGCACACUGCUAAAAGCGAGCUGCAUAACUUUAUUCAAACAUUGAGCGAAGAAUCGGGUUCCCCAUCUGGCUCCGUUCCUUCGCAUCUCCAUCAUCAGUGCCUGUUCGCGACGUCGUUGUUACAGAUGGCAUACGAUACGAGCCAUAUCCUGCAAGUGGCUCAGAACAUUGCUGUGCACCAUGAAGCUUCCCCACUUCGCUUCUGGCUUCCGCGAUUGACAUGGCAGUGGCUAGGUGUUGCACCCCGAACUUUCAUAAUGGAUGAGCAUGGGACACACAUAGCUCAUGAUGUUACCGAAGCAGAGACAACUCUAUCAGCCGAGGAAGUCCGACAAGGCAUAGCUUUUGUUGACCAACAGGAUGAGGAGAAGAGUCAAGAGGUUUCUUAUCCCCCUACCCUCAAAGAAAUUCCCACAGGCCCACAAUUAUCAUCAAAAUCCCUGCCACAAUGUUUGUUGUCGACACCGCGACGCCUUUGGAACCAUUCCGUCGUGCUUCAGCUUCGCCUACGAGCGUCAAAAAUCAUCCGAAAUACGCAACAUUCCAGUCAUUUGCGGCACGCGAUGAAGAAUGCCAUUGGUGUGGCCAUGCUAAGUUUUCCGGCUUUUCUUCCUUCCAACUCAGCAGGUUUUCAGUGGUUCUCGAGGAUCCAUGGCCAAUGGAUGAUUAUCAGCUACGUAUGGGUUCUUGAAACCAACACUGGAGCGACCUGGCGCGUCGGUUAUUUGCGUCUCUCGGGGACCAUUCUAGGAGCCAUCUAUGCUUAUAUUACAUGGGUUAUCUGCAAAAGGAAUUCUAUUGGCAUAGUGGUGAUGGUGACGUUCUUUGAUAUACCCAUAACAUGGCUUGUCACGAAAAGCAGUAUCCCGUCCUUGGGUGUCGUCGCGUCUAUUACCCUCCCUCCCGUUGUGUUAUCCCAAUACCUAAGUCCGGAUUCCAGCGUAUCCACACAAAACUUAGCUUGGAUGAGGGCUUCAACGAUUGCCUUGGGCAUCAUCACGGCAUUGGCAAUGAAUAGUCUCGUCUUUCCUCGUCACAGCCGGGUAUUGUUUCUGAAGCAGACUAGCAGGACAUUGAGUUUGAUCAGCCAGCUGUAUCUUCUCCUCGGACAGGGGAUGUUUCGGAACAUAUAUGCGUUCACGCCACACGACAAACAAGAGGCAAUGAAGCUGGAACUUCAAAUUCGUAACGCGCUUCACCGAUCUUCGUCGCUGCUUACUAUUAUAAACGACGAACUCAGUCUAGUGCCGAAACCAAUGCGCCACUACCGUGAAGUUGUUCUCAAGAUACAGAAGAUCCUCGACUUGAUGACUGGUCUUAGAAAGAUCCAGGAAAAUAUACCCCGCAAAGAGACUGUUGUAUCAGUCUUAAAAGAACGGAGGGAAUUUAUAUCUUGUGUCUGUCUCUCGCUGUUCGCGAGUGAACACGUCUUUCGAGCUCGACAACCUCUACCGCAGUUCCUUCCAUCUGCGAGACAAGCACUUGAGACGCUCGAAUCACAAAUAGAAGCCUCGAUGCGACGAGCCACUGACGAGGAUGAGUCGGUCAAGGGCAUCUCCCUGGCAUACUCAGUUGCAGAACGGGAGGUCAUGAGGGAUAUGGUUGGUACCAUAGAGGAGUUGUUGGAGUUGUGCCGCCAGCUUUUUGGUACAUCGGCGUGGCUGACCCGAACCUGGCCGGAAAUGAGUGUUCACAACGCUGAAGAGGGACCUGGAACACUCGGUGACGGAUGGUUUGGUACAGUGUGACACGUGUAAAGAAGGGUAUUUUAUUCGUCGUAUUUAGAAUUUUUACCGUGUAUGUAUGUGAUUUUAGGACAAUACUUCGUGUGUCGUGUUUUAAA